AUGACCUCCAACAUCGCAAUCUAUGGUGGUGUUUGCCUCACUUUCAUGGUUUUCUUCUUUUUCUACCUUGGAUUUGUGAAACGGUACAACGCCCCAUUCUACCGUAUCGUACAACUGGACUUGUUUAUUAACAUCCUCUGCUACCUCAACACGUGGAUUGCAAUUCGUUUGGAGCAGUUUUCAGCAUGCAUUCCUUUCCUGAAGGCAUUGGAAGAAACGUGUCCAGGGCUUCAGACCAUUUUCAGAUACUUUACAAAUUAUUUUAUGCAUUACCAAUUUUUGAGUGCUUCCUAUAUGAGUGUUCACCGAAUUAUGGUUAUGAAAGGUGAAAUAAGAGGGAAGAAUUUCUGGCGCCGAUGUCUUCUCGUCUUUAUCUGUUUUGCUACUGUCUACAGCUGCUCUCCAAAUCUCAUUUUCUACCGCGGGUUUCCAACAAAAGUGGCGAUUGUAAAUGGAGUCUUGUCAAAGGUCCGAAAUGUGGAAAUGUACAAUACAGUGCUCGAUGUAACCGCGAUUCUUUCUGUUAUCUAUAUGGUCAUAAUGAUUGGUCUCGGAGUGAAAUCCGUGCAAUUAGUCAAGGAGUUUGCUAAAUACGCAAGUGCCGGAUCCAUUGCCAAAACCCUCACACGUGUCACUGCUGCCUAUGGUUUUCUCUACUGUGGUAUCCUUGCCUGGAGUGUUCUCACAAGCGUCGACAACAAUUUUUCCUUCUUCCCAGAUUUUGUUCGAAGCAAAAACACUAUUCUGUUGGCAUUCUCCAGUGAUGCGAUGACCCUCUCCCUACCAUUCAUCCUCCUUGCAUUCGAUGGAAACGUCCGCGGUCAUCUUCUGCGUAAAGUAUAUUCAGUGAGAGUAUCUACUGUUUUGCUCUAG